ACAGCAUCGCACCCAGUCUCCUCGCGACCGCAGGCAAGGCCGCACGUCUCGGGCCCUUAGCCGCCUCAAACGCCGGUUCGAAAAUAUUAUUUUAAAUUACGUUUUAAAAAAUAAAUUUUAAAACAUUUCCUUUCAGUGUUGUGAGUUGGAGUGAUUUCGGAAUUUGUGCGAAAUCGUUACAUUAUGGACGAAUGACUGCGCCGUCAUAGUGUUAAAGAAUUAUUACUUUAGUGAUUUUGUAAAAUACUGAUUUAGUGACAUCUUUGUAAAGUGACAUAAUGGAUUUCAAAAGGCGUCUGUUGGCUGCGGCUGUUUUGUUGAUUAUUGCGGUAUCAUGGAGUCAAGCGGCGCGAGACGCCAGCUGCCCAAGGAUCUGCGGCCCAGCUCUUCAGGGUGAACCAGUUUGCGCUACCGAUGGCUAUAUCUAUCCCUCGCUCUGUGAGAUGCGGAAGAAGACUUGCGGAAAAGGUGUAAGACUUGCUCAAGACCAAGGCUCCUGCUCCAGGGCACAAGGUUCAAAAUGCGAUCACCGGUGCACAUCGGAACGGGACCCCGUGUGCGGCACGAAUGGCAGAACGUAUCUAAAUAGGUGCAUGCUGCAGGUUGAGAUUUGCAGGGUAGGCAUCGGUCUGUCACACUUGGGAGCAUGUAAUAACAUCAGUGCCCAUCGCGAGAAUUGCCCCGUGGACUGCUCCCAGGCGCCUCUAGAUGGACCUAUUUGUGGUUCCGACGGAAAUGUGUACAAGAACACUUGCCAGAUGAAACUCUUUACUUGCGGCCAAGGAGUAGUACGAACAAGCAAGAAGCACUGCCAAACGACACGUCAUUGCAGGGAAUCUUGCUGGAGAGUGGCCAGACCUACUUGCGGGUCUGAUGGGAAGCUGUAUGCCAAUGCUUGCAGGAUGAAGGCCACUAACUGCGGUAAACAUGUGUUCGAAGUACCAAUGGCAUUCUGCGUAUCCCAAGAGCGUACCUCAGGGGGCGAGUCUUGUCCCACCGACUGUUCAGGACAAAAAGAGAAGGUUGUUUGUGGUUCCGAUGAGAACAUUUACAGAAAUGAGUGCGAGAUGAAGAUGCUAAAUUGUGGUGUCAGCAAUAGAAAAAUCGUAAAGAAGGUAGACAUGGAGAAAUGUCGUGGCAAGAUAAACAAGUGCAUGAAAGUAAAAUGUCCCGGCGAGUACGAUCCUGUUUGCGGCACUGACGCCAAUGUUUACAACAAUAUGUGCCAUUUGAAGGUUGCUACUUGCAUGAAAGGCGUUCAACUUGCGCACUUUGGCAACUGCACGUUACUGCCUCGCUUGGAGAUCGACUGCCCGGAAAACUGCGACAACGCUGUGGAACAUCCCGUCUGUGGUUCGGAUGGAAAUGUUUACAAGUCCGAAUGCGAGCUUCGUCGUCUAACUUGCGGACAACACGUAGUCCCAGUAUCUGCGUCCCAUUGCCGUACCACAGCGCUUUGCCACGAACCGUGCCCUGGCACACCCGCGUUCGUUUGCGGCUCCGACAACCGCUUCUAUAAGAACGAGUGUAUCAUGAAGAAGGAGAACUGUGGGUAAGGAAUAAUC